AUGCUUAUUUCUGUGGCAAAGGGUUAUUCCAACCCUCUGCCAUAUAGAUAUGCUUGUUUCUGGUCUUCUAGUUUCUUGAACUUUGGCAUCUUGCAAGAUGAUACCUAUCUGAGGGUUGGGAAUGUCCGUGCUGUCACGGAAAAAUAUCCUCCAUAUCAGUCUUUUUUUGCUAAAUUAUCUUAUGGAGAGAGCGAGAUACUAGACCAGGCAUUCUAUGAAGGGGAAGUGAAAAGGCUUUGCUUAGCAUUUGAGCAGCAGUUCCAUUAUGGUGUUUUCUUUGCUUACAUGAGGUUGAGGGAGCAGGAGAUAAGGAACUUGAUGUGGAUUUCUGAAUGCGUGGCUCAGAAUCAGAAGUCCAGAGUUCAUGACAGUGUUGUCUUCAUCUUUUAGUUCAAUUUUUGACUCGUAAGAAAGGUAAUUUGCUGUUUUGCAUAAUCUUUUGUAAAUCACCUCCCUCUCAUCCUCCAAUGUGUAGCAAAGAUAAAUCUACCUGCCCCAUUUGUG